CUGGCCACGUCCCCAAGCCACGUCGCGCUGUAUUCGCCAUUUUCCCCAUCUCCUGAAGCUACAAUCAGUCAUUACUAGUGUCACGGUGUUAUCUAGUACUAUCAGGUCUAAAUUUAAUCAUAGCCGGAGACGACCCGAGCUCCAUAUAGAGCGUUAAAUUAGUCUGCUUCAGCGGGUUCUCUCAGAAUCAUGAACAUUUUCAGGCUAACCGGCGAUCUCUCCCACCUAGCAGCCAUCAUCAUCCUGCUGCUAAAAAUAUGGAAAACCAGGUCUUGUGCCGGUAUUUCUGGGAAGAGUCAGGUCCUGUUCGCCCUAGUGUUCACCACCCGCUACCUGGACCUGCUGACAUCCUUCAUCUCUCUUUACAACACUACCAUGAAGAUCAUUUACAUCGGCUGUGCAUACGCCACUGUGUACCUGAUCUACGUCAAGUUCAAGGCCACUUACGAUGGGAACCAUGACACAUUCAGAGUGGAGUUUCUGGUCGUACCCGUCGGUGGCCUGGCUUUCCUGGUGAACCACGACUUCUCUCCACUGGAGAUCCUGUGGACGUUCUCCAUCUACCUGGAGUCUGUUGCCAUCUUGCCGCAGCUUUUCAUGAUCAGCAAAACCGGCGAGGCCGAGACCAUCACCACCCACUACCUGUUCUUCCUGGGACUCUACAGAGCCCUGUACCUCAUCAACUGGAUAUGGAGGUUCUACUUCGAGGGAUUCUUCGACAUGAUUGCCAUCGUCGCCGGGGUGGUGCAGACCAUCCUCUACUGCGACUUCUUCUAUUUGUAUGUAACAAAAGUGCUGAAAGGAAAGAAGCUGAGUCUGCCAGCCUAAGUGCCAAAGAGGAGUGUUUCGGCAAACUCGCAGAGGGGGAUCGGAGGGGAGGAGGAGCGGUAGCAGACACCUCUGACGCCCCCUGCCCCCCCUCCCCUCCUCCACCAGCCCCGCCCUCCACCACCCCCCCCACCCCCACCCCCCUCCCAUCGAUCUGUGUAAGAUGCCUGAGACAGAGAGCAAGUGGGAGCCGCUGGCUGCACCUUCAUCUGAUCCAGAAUCAGUGGAAUCAGAACACAUGCAGAGGCUGGUCCAUGGCCUUCGGAUUUCUGUUUGAUGCAUCUUGCCUUAACUUUUUUAUUGCUCUCUAUAAAGGAAGAAAAAAAGUGAGAAAAGUUUUCUACAUAAAAAUGUGUUCUCUGAAGAUUUGACACAUUGGUGAAUAAGAGCUGAAGAUGUAAAAUUGCCUCUGAUUUGGCACUGUAUGAUACUGAAGCGGACUUCUUGUGGUGGGAUACUAUUGACUCAACUAUUUGUAAUAGUAUUUGCAAUCUAAAUAAAUGUGCAUUGUUUUUCCUGAAUCAAUUUGGGGAGGAAUUUGUUGAAUCCUCAUAACUUUGGUGGGCAACUUAUUCAUGUUUUGCUCUUCUGUUUGCAGUAUGCAUUCCCAUGUAUAAAGACUUUUUACUCGACUUUUAUCACACCCUUUGUAGAGUAUAAAUUCCUAAGGAUGCUCUAGCUAAAAGUUCUGUUUUCGAACAUGUAAGGAGACCAGUAUAGGUUCUUCUGUUCUGUCAGUGAGCGAAAUGCAAAACAAAAGUACAGCAUUUAAAGGAGACCACGCUGUCAUCACUGUAAAUGGCUUCUUCAUUUUUCAUUCCAGUCAUCACCCAAAGAGAACGGCUGGUUUAUUACCUGUAAUUACUCUCCAUUUCAAGUGGCUCCUUAACGUGUUUAACACCCACUGGUAAUGCACUGUAUGUGACUUAUCACCGCACAAAUCGAAGUCUCUUUUUUUUUCUUUUAGGUGCAGAUGUAUUUAUUUUUAUCUUCUUUCUGAUUUCCAAUAAACACAGUGCGUAGAGUUGUUUACCUGUUGUGCAUAAUUUUAACUGAACAUUUGACUGUCCCCGAACGCAACCCUACGAACUCUGUUACAUUGAAUCUUCCAGAAGACAUAUCCACGUCUUUUAGAUUAUAUUCCAGUUUUUCUUUUUAUUUUGCUAUCAGAGCUUUGCAUGAUGUUGCCACCAAAAAUAAAAGACUUUAUGGGAAA